AUGAGGAGCAACACCAACUACUCCUUGUCGGUUCUUCUCUCCCCUCUACUCAUGCUCAUCCUUGCUUCAAAAGUUCUCACUCUUUCGAGCAAGUGCAAAUCCGAAUCAUGUGGGGAUAUCAAGAUUCAGUACCCCUUUGGAAUCCAAGAUGGUUGCUAUCUCAACGAAUGGUACAAAGUCGAAUGCAGAAACGCUACUUUCCCAUUCCUUACCAAGAUGGGCAUAGAAGUUGUGAAUAUCUCAUUUGCAGGUGAAGAAGAGGGUGGUUAUUAUACUUCCGAUUCGUCAUUCGGAUCGCUUCGAGUCAAACACCCAAUAACAUCUGUUGGAUGUUCAAGAAAUGGACAAGAGUCUGGACAGGUUCUGAAUUUGACAAACAGCCCUUUUUUCUUUGGAAGAGGGAACAGCCUUGUAGCUAUUGGUUGCAACAGCAAGGCGUCGUUAACUAACAUUGGGUCGACAAAGUUGGAUUGCGAGUUGAACUGCACAGUGACUUUACCUACAAAAAGCGUCCCAUUUCUAGACAAUACCGGGUGUUCUAGCAACGCUUUGUCUUAUGCUUACCGUUCUAGCGUUUGUGCAAAUAACCAAGGGGAAGAAGAAAGAAGCUAUAAUGGUAACGGAUGUUGUCGUGCAAAUUUACCGGAUGAUGCUGAGGCUCAGCAAGUGAUCGGUGUUAGAAUAGAGAGAUUUGAUCAUGGAAACUCGACAAGUGGAGGAUGCAAGGUCGCUUUCUUAACCGAUGAAGUCUACACGUCAUACAAUGCAACCGAACCACAAAGCUUUUACGCUAAAGGAAGAACUUGUGUAUGCGACAAUAUCACCAUUUCUGGGACCAGUUAUGCAAACUGUGCAUGCAACCGAGGUUAUACAGGCAACCCAUACCUCUUAAACGGAUGCGAAGAUAUUAAUGAGUGCCUUCUACGCUAUGGAGAAGGCGGAUACUGUUCAAAGGGCCAAAAUUGCAUAAAUGAGCCUGGAGGUGUUAAUUGCGUGGCAAAGAAGACUGUGCCAAUACUGAUAGGAGUGGGUUCAGGUUUUGGCAUCUUAGUACUAGUAAGUGGAAUUUGGUGGUUGAGAAAAUAUCUUAAGAAGAGAAGGAUAACUCAGAAGAAAAAGAAGUUUUUCAAACGUAACGGGGGACUACUGUUGCAGCAACAUUUAAAUACAAAUAAAGGCAACAUAGAGAAGGCAAGAAUAUUCACCUCGAAAGAGCUUGAAAAAGCCACUGAAAACUUCAGCGAAAACAGGAUACUCGGACAGGGUGGUCAAGGCACUGUGUACAACGGAAUGCUUGUAGAUGGAAGAACAGUAGCUGUCAAGAAAUCCAAAGCAGUGGAUGAAGACAAACUAGAAGAGUUCAUCAAUGAGGUUGUCAUUCUCUCGCAGGUUAACCAUAGAUAUGUUGUCAAGCUCUUGGGAUGUUGCCUUGAGACAGAAGUUCCCGUUCUUGUUUACGAGUUUAUCCCCAACGACGAGAAAUAUCGAGCCAAGGUGUCUUGGACCACACUUGUUUCAGGUACAGUGGGAUACAUGGAUCCUGAAUACUACAGAUCUAGCCAAUACACUGAUAAGAGUGACGUUUAUAGCUUUGGGGUCGUCCUUGUUGAGCUUAUCACAGGAGAGAAGCCUGUAGUGACCCUUUCAAAUUCUCAAGAAAUAAAAGGGUUAGCGGAUCAUUUCAGAGAUGCAAUGAAGGAGGACAAAUUCUUUGAUAUUAUGGAUGCUCGAAUAAGAGAUGCAUGUAAACCGGAACAAGUAAUGGCAGUGGCGAAUCUAGCAAGGAGAUGUCUGAAUUCAAAGGGAAAGAAGCGGCCAUACAUGAGAGAAGUGUUCACCGAGUUAGAGAAGAUAUCUUCAUCCCAAGAUGUAAAAAUUGAAAACCACAAUGGUGAUGAUGAAGAGGAAGAAGGAAUGGAUAUGGCUGACUCGUGGACCAUUGGUCUUACUGGUUCAGCCCCUAGUAGUGUUGCGUCGUCUUUCUCGUUAGAUGUUGAACCUUAG